AUGGCUUCGGUUUAUCAUUUGCUACAAACUCCUAGCGAGUUCUAUGCAGAACUUCAAGAGAGAGCCGAUCUUGCGGAGAGUAGACGACAUAAACGUUUUCUUGCUGUAUUACUAUUACAGCGUAUGACACGAGGAUAUUUGAUUAGAAAACAUAUCUCUUGGUUAUCAAAAAACGCCAUAACUAUACAAUGUGCGUUUAGAGUCCACAAAGCACGGAAAGUAUACCGCGCUGCCUUACGAAGAGCAGUUAAGAAUAAAGACGCCAAGCACUAUGGUCGAGCAGCGACUAUCAUACAGGCUCUUUGGCGGGGAUAUUAUUCUCGGCGCACCAAAUUCUGUUACCAGUCAUACAGAACAUGGUUAGCUGCAGUGAAGGAACGUGGUGAAAGGCGAGCUGCAGAAGCAGCUGAGUUCGGUGUUAGAAGUCGAGCUGAUAUCUUAAGUAUUUUAGAAGAAGAAGCUCGCCAAUGGCUAGCUUUUGUUGUGUUCAAAUUACAUCAUUUAUUAAGAACUCAUGUUUGUGCUGGUGUUUACUCAAAACUAGCUAGUACAGAGCUCUCUGAAUUUGAAAAACUUCUCAAAUCUAUUCAUUAUACAGAAUAUAUGAAGAGGCUUAAACGAAAAUAUAAUGAAUUUGUUAGAAAAUAUCGUCCAAGGUUUUCAAAUAAAAGGUUAUUUCCAAUUAUAGGGGAUGGAUCUGACUAUUGGUAUCUAUCACUACCGGAAAUGUACGAAUUAACAACACCUACCCCAAAAACUGAAGAUACUCGUCAUCUUGCGAAGCAUCACACCUCGCUACAUAAAAAACCUUUUCUUUGGAAGAAAGUUCGACCUUCAUAUUUAGAUGAAGACAGAGGACCAUUCACAAUAUCUAAAAUAUCAUCAAGGUCGGUGCUCCCAUCACCGCCCCCACCAGCCCCUACACCUAGCAUCAAUGGAAGACCUCAUAAAGAUCCACGUUUUCAUCUCUACGUAAAACAUUACAAGCCACAGCCUGAUCUUUUCGAUUACGUCGACUACCACAUCAAUCUAUUGUUGGCUAGGAAAUGUUCUAUUGAAACUAUAGACAAUGAUUCA